AUGGUCGAGGAGAAGCUGGACCGGAUUCUUGUGACGGAGAACUGGCUAAACUUGUUUGAUAGGGCAACGGCAAUGUCACUAGUGUGCCCGUACAAUGACCAUAAGUCAUUGUUGUUGAGUCUGAUGGCCGCGGUCAAUGCAGUGCGAAGGACGCGGUUUUUGUUCGAUAACAUGUGGCUCAGGGAGGAUAGAUGUUGUGAAAUAGUGGCGCAGAGCUGGGACCGAAAAGUGGGUUGGGAUGUCCUUGCCCGAAUUGAAAGUUGUGGACGUGCAAUCUGGCGGUGGGGAAAGAACUAUAAUAAGGAAUUUCAGCGAAGAAUUGAUGAGUGCAAGCGCAGGCUAGAGUUUCUAUCACCACAUAGAGAUCAGGCCAGUAUGGAUAACUAUGGGAAUACUGAACGUGAGAUGUUGUACUUGCUUGACCAGCAGCAUCUCUUUUAG